AUGUCAGUUAACCCUGCAAACCCACCAAGGCCGGCUCUUCGAGCAGCUGAUAAAGAAACUUUUGCUCAUAUUACCGCAACACAUAGAUGGAAAGAUAUAAUAAAAAAAGCCAUUGACAAUAUUCGUGAUUCACUUAAUUGUUCGGAAGUUGAUAAGAAUGAAGAAGGAAAAAAAAUUAUAGCUUCUAUGGAAGAAUUAAUAAAUCAAAUUCAAAGAAAAGAUCAAUUAAUUCAGAUCGAAGAUGAUGGAAGACCAGAUAUUGUAUCAUGGAACGAUGCUUUAAAUACUUAUUUUAAGGGUGAAAAUUGGUUCACAACAACAUGGUUAUUCGCUGAAUGUUAUUUAUAUCGUCGAAUUAUUUCAAUAAUUACAAAUACCAAACAUUGGAAAAAUUAUGAUCCUUAUUUUCGUCAAAAAGAAGAUUCUUUUAAAGUAUCCUUUACAACAAUAUUCGAAUUUUCAAAACGUAUUGAUGAAUUAAUUUCUUUACAAAAAGUAAAAACAAAUGAUAAAUUAAUUUUUUAUGAACUUGCUAAAUUAUCACUUUGGGGAAAUGCAAUUGAUUUAUCUAUUGAUUUAAUUUUCUCGGAUUGGUUAAUUCAAUCAGGAUACGUAUCCAAAGUUUAUUUACACGUAAAACCAAUUCCAUGGUUUGUUUCAGAUACAACAUUAGAAGAUUUCAAUUGGUUACUUAAAACACUUAAAAACAAUGAAUUUUUUUCAUCAAUUUCUAAUAUUGAAAAACUUUCCUUAGAAAAACUUUUUAAUCGUUGGCAAUCAUAUAUAACUAAUUCAAAUUGGAUUAUUACUUCAGAUUUUUUUUGGACCUCUCCUUAUUCUUUUUGGCAUUUGGAAGAAAAAGCUCCUGAACUUUAUAAUGAUUUAUGUAAAUCUCAUCUUAUUAUAUUUAAAGGUGAUUUAAAUUAUAGAAAAUUGGUUUAUGAUUGUAAAUGGGAAUCUAUUACACCUUUUAAAGAUGCUAUCGGUCCAUUGGGAAAUUCGAAAAAUUCUCCUCCUUUAUUAUCUUUAAGAACAGGAAAAUCUGAUGUAUUUGUAGGACUUGAUGAAGGAGUUGAAAAAAGUUUAGGUUCUGAUAAAAGUUGGAUGUAUUCUGGGAAAUUUGCGGUUAUUCAAUUUAGUGAAGGAUACCAUAUGGUUUACCUGUCGUUUGAAAAACGAGCCCGAAUUUUUACCCUUUUAAAUGAAAGAUAUCCAACCCGAUAUGUAGCUGACCAUGAAAAAGUUUCUCAAUCUACUGUUGUAAGAAUCAAGCAAUGCAAGAAAGAAACGGGUAUCUUUAGUAACAAACCAAAGCCUGGAUGCCUGAGACUACUUACCGGCCACUAUGAGCAAAAAGUGUUGUGGUAUAUUAUAACUGGAGAAUGUACCAAUGCUGUUUCUGUUCAAAAAAAGCUAAAAACUGAUGAGGGAAUUAUUGUUAGUAAAAACACAAUCAAAUGGACUUUGCGUCGUAAUGGAUUAAGAGCCUGA